AAGCAUCGUCAGUUCAAAGCAAAAAUGAAGAAACCUGCUGGUUCAGACCUUCAAUGAGAUGGAUAUCUCCUCUCCAGAGCUCGAUCGAGCUCACCCACUCCUGAGCAUCAUCCUUGAGUCUUCGGAGAUACCUGCGAGAGUUCCUUCUCCACUGUCUCCAACUGCUUAGCUCUUUAGCUUCUUCCUGACGCUGUGUCCUACAGACAGUAAGAGAUCUCUAAAUAUCCCUUUCGAAAAUGAAAACCACCAACAUUUCAGAAUCAGCAAAGCGUUUCCUACUUGUUCCUCCUUUUCUGAGCCAUGGUCUUGGCAAGUUCCCUGAUCGGACGCUCGCCGUCCAUCGGUUUCUCGGCAUGUCUGUUUGUGAAGGUGCUCACAGUCCAUUUGCCACUACCGUGGGAGCUUAGCCGAGCCCUGGAGCUGCUUCUUCUCUUCGAGGCACCUGAUGAUGACUUCCUACGGUACAGCAGAGACUGGUAGCUGGGCAGCUGGUCCAGCAGCGGGUUACUGGUGACCCUUCCGCUACGAAUAUAAAUAAAUAAAUAUGGAGACACAGGACAACAAGGAAAAAUGGCACGUUCACUUCCUGGUAACGGGCAGUUUCUCAUCUGACCUGAGUGAUGGUUGAGCUCCGACUGACUCUGGAGAAGGGACAGUAGCUCUUGAAUAGUUCUUUGACUACUCGCUUUUUCUCUUUCUUUUUCUCCAGGUAAGAAGGCAUCCAAUUCUUCAGUCUAUUUGAAUUUUAUCAUAUCAGUUAUCUGAUUUAUACAAGCAUAUUUAUGUGUCAUUGUAGCUGAAGUAGAUGAUCGUAUCUUAUUUUGUGGGUCGUGUGGUAGAAACCAAAUACACAUCAGGAAUUAUUGAUGAAUAAGAUGGGGGCACCAGGUAGAAUUACCUAUUGAAGACAACAUGGGUCAGAGCACAACACACAACGUUGAAUUUGUCAACAAUUUGUCUUCAGUUUUAGGUUGCUACUGAUGUUGGGAGUGUUGAGAAACAUUGACCAUCAACUGUUUUUGCUAUGAACAGCUGCGAACAGUUGCCAGGAUCUCCAUAGAAAUAAUUGACACGACUGAAGACGCUCAUGUCAAGAUACAGCAACGGAGGGGUUUUUAAUCCAGCCUACCAUGACAGCGAAACUUUGGAGCUUGACAGGUCCAACAGAGGACGGCAUCACACGAACCCAUAUGCUGGAGAAGAUCCAGCCAGGUGGAAUCAUGGUGCCGCAGCUCAUCACUACCCGACUGGUCAAAGCACCAACGAUGGGUCAGCUCGGGUCCCGUGGGGUGGAUGGCAAGAGGAGAGCUGGCGGGGCAGGGAGAGCAUCCCCAUGGGGCUCCUCUCUACACGCCCCGAGAGCCCGGGAUUUCAGCAUGACUUCAGCCACAGCACAUUCCAGAUCAACUCCAGCAGCCAGUAUGAUGGAUUCUCAUCCACUCGACUUCCUUUGGCAUCGACAGCAGGACACAUGACGAUGAGAUGGCGGGGCGCUGGAAUGCGAAGGAUGGGCAUGUUUCCUGACGCAGAUCCUGCUCACGCGGCGUUCACAGAGGAAGCCAUCAGAAGCGAGAUGGAAAACGAGGAGCAGGACCUGGUUAAAGAACUUGUCGGCCUGUCAACAAGCGAGAGAGUCAGUGCCAUUCGGAACCUCCCCAUGACCUUCGAGGAGAAGAAACACAUACGGCACCAGGUGUUGGCUUUCAAGUCCUCCAAGCGGGAAUUCACGUGUUUCUCUGACUGCACAGAAAACAUAUCACUAUCUCUCCGCAGGUGUGAUUACUCUCUGAGGUCAGCCAGACAGAGCAUGGAGCUGUGGCAGGGAACGUUUAAGGAAAUCGGAGGCCGAUUUGGGACAAGCGUCCUCUCCUACUUCCUUUUCCUCAAGUGGUUGCUGUUGCUCAACAUUAUCUCCUUCCUGGUCAACUUUGGCUUCAUCACCAUCCCACUGCUUGUUUAUGAUCACACGCCCAAUGUACCUUCAAACCUCAACUUCAGAGGACUGGAGAUCCUCACUGGAGCUGGUUACUUCAACUACACCGUGAUGUACUACGGUGGCUACAGCAAUGAAACACUUUCUGGUACGGUGGAAUACGACAUGCAGCUGGCUUAUUUUUUCACCAUCUGUGUGUACAUGGUGCUGUGUGGGAUCACGCUCAUCUACAGCAUGGCGAGCUCUUUCAAGACGAACUACGUUCUAGUGGGCACCGUUUCAAACAGCGCCUGGCAGCUUCUGUGCAGCUGGGAUUUCAGCUUGACCAAUGAGAGAGCAGUAAGACUGCGGAGGAGCAACCUUCGUGUCCAGCUAAAGGAAUCUUUGUCAGAAAAAGCCCAGCGGAAUCAGUUGACCAACAAAGAGAAGCUCAAACACUACGGGAUUCAUCUGGGCUCGUGGCUCCUCUCCACGGGUCUGGCGGUGGGCUGCGCUGCCAGUGUCUACUUCCUGUGCCAAUUUGAAGGCGGGCGGACCACUGACGACGAAAACUGGACCCUGAUUCAGGAGGCAGAGACUCUUCUUGUUCCCUUUGUGGUGUCACUGAUCAACCUGGUCAUCCCACUCUUCUACUCCCUCUUCAACAAGUUCGAGUGCUACUCCAGCCAGAGGCGUCAGAUCUACGCCCUGGUGCUCAGGAACGUCAUACUCAAGAUGUUCGUCCUGGGCAUUCUAUGCCACUAUUGGAUGCAUGUGGUUGCACAGAAUUUCUCAUGUUGGGAGUCCAUGGUGGGACAAGCUUUGUACCGUCUGGUCAUAUUCGACUUUUUGUUUCUAAUGUUGGGCUCCUUCUUUGGAGAGUUUCUCAGCAAUGUGAUCGGGACCAGAGUCUUCCCUCGUCUGGGGGUUCCCGAAUUUGACGUGGCGAGAAACGUUCUAGAGCUCACCUAUUCCCAAACUCUUGCCUGGAUUGGAAUUUAUUUCUCUCCACUGCUUCCUGCCAUCCAGAUCCUUAAGUACUUCCUCCUGUUCUACCUGAAGAAGGUCAGUCUGACACGCAACUGUCAACCUCCGCGGCGUUCAGGCAGGGCAGCUCAGAUGAAGACCAUCUUCAUCGCCCUGCUCUUCUUCCCUUUCUUUGUGGGAGCACUGUCUGUGGUGGGCUACACUUCCUGGAGUUUGAUCCCGUCCCAACAGUGCGGUCCGUUCCGUGGCCUCAACAACACCUUCAGCGUGGUGGGUCACUGGAUCGACGAUCUGGAGGGCGUUAUUGAGUCGGAGUGGGUGGUGUGGAUUUACAAGAACGUCAUCAAAAGCGAAAUCUUCUAUUUCCUGUGUACACUCAUUAUAUUGGUGGUCAUUUAUAUCUUCUGGCAGGUCACUCAGGGCCGUAAGCAGCUUAUCAGCCUCCUGAGACAACAGAUUGUUAACGAGGGGAAGGACAAGUCGUUCUUACUGGAGAAGUUGAGAAACAUGCAACAAUCUCAACCAGACCCCAAGCCCAAACAGAAGAAACAGAGGCAUCAUAAACGUCAAGACGAUCCCUCAUCGAGCGGACAGUCGAACUCCAACGCUGUGGUCCAAGGUUUAUUUGCCCGCCAACAGCUCGAGGAAGAGGAGAGGAGCAGCCACGGAGGCGUGCCGGUUCCUUCAGACCUGAGCCCAUCCAGUGCCCUGGCACAAGCCUUGGCAGCCAGACAGAGAGCCACGAGCCAAAACCAGUUUGCAGAUCCUGAGAUGGCUUUGGGUUCAGCAGGGUACACAGUCACGCAGGUCAGACACAGAGAGGAGGACGUCUCUGGAUCCUCGGUGUCCAGCGUGAUGAUGCAGGUGAUGCAGGCCAGGCAGAGAGUGGAGGAAGAGGACGGGAUGCAGUGGGUGUCUGACCCGGCCCACACAAGCUCCAGCGCUCUCAUACAGGCCAUGCUCGCCCGGCAGCAGGCCCAGAACGAGUUCGAUGAUGGAUAUUAAACUGGCUGGAAUGUGAAAACACAAACUUCCAUACAACGCCACCUUGUUUCCUCCAUAUUUUUUGGACCUAAAAUUGUGUCUUAUAACAGCCGUCUGGUCAUUUGAUGUGUUUUGAUUCAUUCAACUGUGUUUAUUUAUGAACUUGGUAAGUGAGACUUUCGUGGCAAUUUAGGGAUCAGGACCACUGAAGCCAUCUUUUUGGAAGGUCUCCAGGACGCCUCCGAGAAUCUUUGUGUCAUACGUGGCCUGGGAGCUGCUCCGUUUGGAUGGAUACCUCAAUGAAACAGCACUCAAAAAAAGGAAGAUAACGUUGAAAAACAUUGCAGUGGAAAAUGUGCCAACAUGUGUGUCAUGCAAGACUGUCAUGUUUUCUUUCCUUCUUAUU